AUGCCGGCGCCGCCGGCCCCGGCCGUCGGGGCCGCGGAAGGGGGCGGCGAGAGGAAAGACGAACAGCCCGACAUGGAGUCGGCAGCGGAGAAGUUGGAACAGAGCUGUGACGACUUCUUCACGCCGCACGUGCCGUCGAGCACUGUCGCCACGCCCUUGCUGCCGCAAGCCACGCCGCCGCAGCCCGGGGCUUAUGCAGCUCAAUAUGCCGCCGCCGAAAUCGAGGACCGAUAUGCCGCAGCCGAGAUCAAGGGACGAUAUGCCGCAGCCGAGAUCAAGGGACGAUAUGCCGCCUCCGAGACCGAGGAACGAAAUGCCGACGCCAAGAUCAAGGAACGAUAUGCCGACGCCAAGAUCGCCCGGUCGCAGGGGCUCACGGCGCAGCUGGACCUCCUCAUGUUUGACUCCCAGGAGACCUCCGCGCGGACCGCGGCACCCGCCAACCCGCCAGGGCCGGCUCCUGCUUCGGUGCCGGACACCAUCCCUGGGGAUGCGGAGCUGGAGGCGCCGCCGAAGCCCGAGCCGGCGCCGGCGCCGCCGGAGCCAGCGCAGCCACUGGAGCCGCUGGAGCCGCUGGAGCCGCUGGAGCCGCUGGAGCCGCUGGCGCCGCUGGCGCCGCUGGCGCCUGCUCAGGCCGGCCAAGCCACGGUGAGUUUUUUCGACAUGCUGAAGGGAUCCUUGGAUGCUGUGGUCUGCUGGUUCGAGAUCUGGUUCGGGGGCGGCCACAAGCCCAUCUCCUUCAGCACCGGCCCCGAGCCCCGGCCCCGGAUUUUCCGCGGCUACGAAGUCAUCAAGGAGCUGGGCAGCGGCUCCUUCGGCGUGGUGAACCUGGUGCGCGAGAGAGCCACAGGCCUGCAGCGGGUGAUCAAGACGGUGGACACCUCAAAGCUCUCGCAGCGCCUGCUGGACUCCAUGCGGCGGGAGAUCCAGGUCCUGCAAGAUCUGGAUCAUCCCAACAUCGUCCGGCUGUUCGAGUACGGCGAGGACGGUAUUCAUCAGAAGAUCCAUUGCCUGAUGGAGAAGCUGUCUGGGGGCGACCUGGAUGAGCUUCUAGAGAGGAGCGGCCGCCUGGCGGAGCCCCUGGUGGCGCGGCUCAUGCGCCAGGUGCUGGCCGGAGCGGCCUUCUGCCACGCCCAUGGGGUGGUGCACAGGGACCUGAAGCCAGGGAACGUGAUGCUGAGCAAGUCGGACCUGCAGGAACAGAGUCCAAGAUGGCUGACCGGCAGCCUCUGCUAUGCCUCCAUGGGCGCGGUGGAUGAAGGGAUCUACGACUGCAAGAUCAUUGACUUCGGGUUGUCAGAGACCUUCGACCCCUCGGAUCCCAACAGUGGCAUCACCGACGUCAACGGGACUCCGGCGUACAUGGCCCCGGAGAUUUGCAUGCGCUCCGGGAAGUACGGCGCCAAGAGCGACGUGUGGUCCAUCGGAGUCAUGGCAUACGAGCUGAUCACCGGAUGUCUACCUUUCGGUGAUGCGUCGGACUACCCCGGCCGCCAUCGCGAUCUCUUUGAGAUCACCAAGAAGUACGAAGAUGUGAACUCCUUUUGGACCUUGAUGCCGAAGGAGCACUGGAGAGAAGCAAGAGACAUGUGGGAGCAGAGCAGCAAGAGCUUUCGGAGCUUUGUGUCCGGCCUCCUGCUGCGUGAUCCCAACGACAGGCCAUCGGCCUGGGAGGCGAUGGAGGAGCCCUGGCUGACAAAGUUCAAAAGCCCCAGGGACGGGCUCACGGAGGAGAUCCUCGAGUCCAUCAUCACCUACGCCCAGGCUCCUCACUUCGAGAAGAUUUGCCUGCUGCUUAUCGCGGCGCGGCUGGAUGGGGAGCAGUUGGAGCCAUUCCGGCACGCCUUCCUGGGCAUCGAUACCGAGGGCACGGGAGACCUAUCCUUUGAAGAGUUUUCCGAGGCCGUGCAGAAUUUGCAGGGUCGGCACAUGUGCUGCUCGACCAGCCGGUCACAGAUGUCGCGGUGGUUCCAAAAGGCUGACUUAAAUCGAGAUGGCCGCUUGGACUACAGCGAGUUUCUGGCUGCGUGCUUGCACUCGCAGCUCCAUUCCUUUGAGGAUCCCAGCGGGCAGGGGAAGGGCUUGGCGGCCUAUGCCUUCCAAGUGAUCGACGCGGACGCGGACGGCUGGGCCACCCUGGGCGACCUGGAGCGCUUCUUCCACGCCGAGGCGAGCGCGCUGGAGCUGGACGGAUUGCCCGCCGCGCCCUUCAACGUGCAAGCCUUCCAUGCCUGCUUGACGGGAGACGACACCUCCUCCGAGUCUUCCGAUGACUCGGAUGAGCCAUGCUACGUGUGGAUGUGGCCGCCUCACUUCCAGCGUCAGUUUGGGGAGCGGCGACAGACGAUGCCCACGCGGCGCCCGCGGCGCAAUGUAGUGGCCAAGCCGGUCGCCAGCAGCUUUGAUGGGCUGCAGGUGGCGGGCUGCAAGGACGAGGUGGUGGGGCCCCUCAUCCGGGGCAACUACACCUUGCAGGAGAGGAACCACGACCGGCCCGUCUUCGUCAAAGAUGAGAAGGUGGGGUCCAAAGGCCUCGAUGUGAUGCUCUACUUCUGGGACGACAAGGAGAGCCCGGACUUCUCGGGGUGGUGGUUUGGCCCGCAGGUGGGCGGGGAUGAGGUCUGGGCCUUCCACCCGGACACCGCGGCCAAGGCGCCCCCCGGCAGCGGCUGGCAGUGCCCCUUCGACGGCCCCGUGGACUCCUCCAUCGAGGUGCUGCCGCGGCUGGUGAAGGGCGCCUCAGCGCCCGGGCGGCAGCCGGGCACCGCCAAGAAGGAGGUGAUCCCAGUGCUGUCUGCAGCGGAGCAGGAGGCGCGAAGGCAGAAGGAGCUGGAGCUCAUGGAGAAGCAUGAGGAGAUCUCUGCGCGGAUGAUGGAGGAGCGGGAGAGGCAGCAGGUGCGGCGCCUCGCCGAGCUCGAGGAGCGGAAGCAGAUGGAGGCAGAGCGGAAGAAGUACGAGCACCACAUGCUUCUGACGCUGAAGCGGCUGCUGCAGAAGCUGCGGUUGGCGAAGCCGGAGAACUUCAAAGAGCUCAGCCUGGAGCUGGACGUGCUGCUCCAGGAGAACGAGUGCCUGCGGGCUCUGCGAGUGGAGGCCGAGAAGGUGCGGCAGGAGGCCAAGACCCGGGUCUCGAAGAUCUCCUCGUUCCUGCAGCGGGUGGACCAGAAGAAGCGGCAGGCGGAGGAAAGCCGAAGGCAGCAGGAGGAGGGCUGCCGGAAGCUGCUGGAGCAGCUGGAGCAGCUGGUGGAGGCGGUGGAGACCGUGGCCGAGGUCCUCGAGGACAAGAUGAACAGCAUCCAGGGCCCGGCGGUGCCGAGCGACCAAGAGCUCGAGGAGUUCUCGGAGUCGGUGGGCCAGGCGGACAAGGAGGUGCAAGAAGCCUACGACACCUGCAUGGAGUUCGUGCGGGAGAACAGCGAGGCGAUCGAGGAGAUGGAGGUGGAGGGCAUGAGCGGCAAGGCACAGCUGGAGGCCUUGGCGCAGCGCGCCGAGGCGGCGCACGCCAAGCGCAGCAGCUGCCUCGGGGGCAUGGAGAACGCCAAGCAGGUGGCGCUUCUGCGGCACUCGGAGGCGGUGGAGGCUUUGGAGCGCAAGAGCCUGGCAGAGGCGCUUCUGGAGAGGGAGAAGGCCGUCUUCAAGCGCUACGACUCGGACGGGGACGACCGGAUGACCAUGGCGGAUGCUCUCAGCUACGCUCGGUGCGAGUUCUUCUUUGAGGUGUCUCCCAAAGCGCUGGAGAGGCUGUUCCAGAACCUGGCCGAUCGCUGGGGCAAGGAGUGCGCCAGAAGUCUUCCCUUCGAGCGCUUUCAUGACCUCAAGGCGGAGCUGGUCUGGUCCUUGGAUUUGUCCCUUGCUUUCUUUGCUUUGCCAGAGGUUUUCCCAGGUCCGAAGCUUUCUGACCCGGAUGCCUUUCGGCAGGUGGCCAUUGGCACCGAGCGGGAGAUCUUGGGCUCAUCGAAGCGCGCGGCGGUGGCGCUCGUCUUCCGGGUGGACUCGGAGGGGCCGAUCGGAAAGGAGAGCUUGCUGCGGGGGGACCUGGAUGCGAGUGGCGCCUCGGUAGAGCUGCUGUACAUCCUGCGCACGUCUCGUGAGGGGGACAAGUGGAGCGGCCACGUGGCCUUCCCCGGCGGCAAGCGGGAGGCAGAGGACGCGGAUGACCGCGCCACCGCUGCGCGGGAGACCAAGGAGGAGCUGGGCUUGGACCUGGAGGGCAGAAGCUUCGCCUUCUUGGGGCAGCUGGACGACCGCCCGGUCACGGGGCAGGGCCGCGUCAUCCCGGGCUUCUACCUCGCGCCCUUGGUUUGGCUGCAGCUGGAUGUCGGGGAUGCGGGCAUCCAGAUGCAGGAGUCCGAGGUUGCUGCCUGGCGCUGGGCGACUUUGGCCAACCUGGUGCCGCAGAAGGUGAAGUUCCAGGUGCCGCUCUCCAUUCGUGCCCGCCUGGGGGAAUGGCUGCCCUGGCUGCCGGGGCGUGUGCUGGAUUCCGUGCAGGAGGUGGCAAUGCCUUGCAUCGACCUGGAGGCGGUGAGCAUGGGCUCCACGAGUUCUCCGGGCGCGGUCUUCAGGCUUUGGGGCCUCACGUUGAGCGCCACCAGCGAUGCGCUGGUCCUGGGGGGCGGCCUCAAGCGCCAGUUGGAUUGGCCGCCCUUGCGCUUCCGGCGCCUCUGGGCGAACCUGGUGCUGGGUGCCUGGUGCUCCACCAUGGAGCUGCGGUUUCGCCAGCGGCGCUUCGUUUGGCGUCACCUGGGGGCGCUGGUGCUGCUGGCGCUCUGUGGCCUAACCUCGGGGCUUGGCGUCGGCCUGGGGCUCCGAGCCCUCGGCACUCGCCGGGCGAGCGAGCUGCGCGGCGCCGGCCGCUCGAUGACCGCGCGGGCGGACGGCCGCUCGGCCAUGGGGAUGACCGCGCGGGUGCGUGCGGCGCGCAUGGCCAUGGUGCCGCGCAGCUUGAAAAAAGAUUGGAGCGCUUCGCGGAGCGCUGGUGCUGACUCCAAGGGCGUCAAAGUCGAGGCUAGGGACCAGCAGCGACAGUCUUCCAAGCAGGAUCCAGCGGAGCAGAGCCUGGUGCUUGCUUGA